AGUGGAUGGUUUGGGGCAAAGUCUGAGUUAAUCUCCACAGAGAUGAGUAAGGGGACGUUUAGGAGGGAAAAGCUGAGGUGAGGAGCUCACCCACCCUGGCACAAGGUGUGUUUGCACAGGCUGGGGCCAGAGGUGAAGGUCAAUCUAAAGCCAGCCCUGCUCAACCUCUAAAUCCCAGGAUAACUUGUACAGGCUGCCCACUGAGGGAUUAAAACUACAUGAAAAUGAAACCAAGAGCAUUAAUGAGAUUGCUGGGAAUCCCAUUAGUUUGCUGUCAGAACUCCUAACACAGUUCUGAGCUUUGAUGACAAGAAUGCAUUUCUUUAUUUGGAUUAUCACUGUGUGGGAUAUGGGGUUUAUUUGGGUUUUAAAGCCCUCAUGGUGGCCCUGACACUGCUCAGGAGCUGGUAGGAAAAGCAGAGCCAGAGCUCCUGGCAGGCACAGGGUGUUUUCCCCCAUAGUGGAUGGUGGAGGAAUUGUCUGAGAUCUGCAUUGUUCCUCUGGGUGAUGCCACUUGCUGUGCUUAAUGUAAUUCCAUACAUUUAAUUCCCAAAACUUCCCAGCCCAGGGGGUUGAGCUGACAGGGCAGGACAAGGAUUGUUCUCUGUGUGGUGCCCAGAUUUGGGGUUCCCUGUCAGCUGUGCUGAAUUACACCCAUAGCCCCAAAUUCCCUGCUCCAUUCCCACUGCAGUAACCUCCCAGUGCCCCAUGGAGUGUGGGCAUUCCCAUGCAGAGCUGCUGCCUUGGACAGCAGCUGUGCCAGGAGCAGCAGAGCUUCCAGGGAAGCUCAGCAGCAGCACAGGGACAAGGACAGGGUUAUGUGGCACAGAACUGGCAUUUAUAACCCUCCCUCCAGUGAUGUCCCUGGGGGCACUGGACAGAGCUGCCUGGAACUGAGCUGGUUUCAGCCCCUGAGCUCCAGGAUGGAGAACAUCCAGUUGGUGUCUAAAGCAGGAGAAGGCAGUGGCCAGAUGUGCUCCCAGCCUGUGCUGGGGCAGCCCCUGUGCCCAGGGGGGGACAUCUCUCCCUGCAGAAGCUCAGCUCCUUUCAGAGCCUCAGCAGUGGCCUCUACAGAUUCUUUUCCCUCAGGAAAGGGAUGCACAUCCCUGUCUUCAGCACACCUCCAGUGGGACCUACCUGUGAAAGCUUUCCACCACUUGUGCACUUGCAGCUGGAUCCUGAAAAACUCCAAACUCCAUCCCACUGAUUUCCAGGUAAUGCCAGCUGCUCCUUGGGCUCCUCCUGGGCUCUUGGUGCUCUGUGUGGGCUGGGGCAUUUCCACGUGCCUGCUCAGAGCAGCCCCUGGCCCAGGAGCCACGGUGCAGGCACAGCUCCUCCUGCAGAUCCCACAGACACGAGGGGCUGCUGCCUUCAGGAGCUUCUGGCUCCUCCUGCCCUGCGCUCCCAGCCAGCUGGGACACCCUGAGGGAACACCAAGGAGCACGGCUGGCAGCGAGCAGGAGACACCGAGGCCUCUGGGCCCAGAAACAGCCCCGGCCCCAGCGGCCACCGUCACUUUGAGCUGGCAACGCUCACCUGCAGGAAACGCCCCCUGCCACUCUCCAGAGGAACCUCAGGAGCUGUCUGGUUCACUUCUUCCUGGGGAAACAAAGGGACAUUGUGUGAGCACAUUUACAGCUGCUGGGUAAAUCCUGGAAAGGGCAGAACAAUCAGGGUCAUGGGGAAGAGUUUGGUGCUGACAGGUGAGUGCCAGCCAGUUCUGCCCUAGAGCCAUUGCAGGGGCUGGUGUGUAAAGCAGCAUCCACAGAAGGGAAGGAGCUGCAUUUGUAGAGGAGCUCUCUUACUGGCAGCAGUCAUUCCCAUCCCAUGCAGGACUUUGGAACAACCCUGGGAUUGGCCCAGGUGUUUGGAGCAGGGUGCUGACAAGGCCAAAAUUCUGUGAUCAAUGCGCAGCUGGGCCGGUCACUCCUCAGCAUUUAACUCAAUGAUCCUCACAGCUCUGGAAAUAAAGAGCAAAGAGUUUUCACUGA